AUGGCUACCACCGAACAGAUCACGAUUCCUCGCCCUGGAGCAAAAGUCCCUGAUCCAAUAGAGUCGAUUCCAGGCCCCUCUGAAGAGUCCUUCACAACAACAUUCGGGAAACUUCUCCCAGCCGCCGACUACCUCACCACCGCAUACGGCAAAAUCGCUUAUUACACCUAUACCCCCAAGACCUCUGCCUCCCCCACCUCCUCAAGUCAACGGGUGCUUUUUCUCCACGGCGUCCAAACCCCAUCCCUAGGCCUUCAACCCCUGGCAAACUCCCNNCUCCAAACCCUCUUCCCAAGUUCAGAAUUCGUACUCGUAGACCUGUGGGGCCAUGGCCUAACCUCCACACCUCUUUUACCUCACACACCCUCUGUGUUCCACUUCCUCAUCGACAUUUUGCUCUCACACCUGCACUGGGAGUCUUGCCACUUAGUUGGUUAUUCCUUUGGUGGCAGUACUGCGAUUUCGUAUCUUGCUUCCUCUGUUGCCCGUGCGCAGAGCAUCAAAAGUGUGGUGUUAGUUGCUCCAGCAGGGCUUUGGAAAUCUCCACAUCUCGAUGAGGAUAAACUCUCCAAUCCCGAUUUCGAAAUCGCCAAAUCCCACGUCUUGGAGUUAUUGGAGGGUGGUCCGUUAAUCGUGCCCACCGACUGGCAAUCCCGCAUUUCCAACGGCGAGAUCGUAGCUGAGAAAGUUAGGGAAUGGCAGAUGGAGCACCAUCAAGGACAUACUGCUUCAGUGGUUGCUAUAGUAAGGGAUGGCGGUGUAUUUGGACAAGAAGAGGCUUUCGCAAAGGCGGUGGAGACCAAAAUACCCAUCUUGGCGGUGUUGGGAGAGACGGAUGAUGUAGUGUUUGAAAAGGAUUUGAAGGGUGUAGGAAUGGAGAAUGUGGUUGUGGUGAAGGGGGCCGGACAUGCCGUUGUGAGGCAAAAAGUCCCUGAAGUUGCGAAACACAUCGAGAAGUUCUGGAAAGAGUUGCAGAAAUAG